AGGGAAAGCAUCAUUCGAGCUCUUGCGUUCAACAAUAGUGAAUAGUGACACAGCUGCAGAAAAGUUCAAAUAACUUGACAGUUUUUUGGAAAAUAAUAUAAAAGUUUUUACUCUUCCAACACCAAAAUCUCAACAAAAAACAACAGAAUGUCUCACAUGCAAUUUUUUGUCAUCUGCUGCUUCGCCAUUGUUCUGCUGGCUGUGUGUGUCCACAGCUCUCAGGCUGCCACGCAGGCACCUCUCUGCCAGCCAGGCAUUCUCGAGGAGAUGCCCCAACAUAUUAAAAAGGUUUGCAUGGCACUGGAGAACUCCGAUCAAUUAACCUCAGCCCUUAAGUCGUACAUCAACAAUGAAGCUUCCGCGCUGGUGGCUAACUCAGAUGAUUUGCUGAAGAACUACAACAAACGCACAGAUGUCGACCACGUCUUCCUGCGUUUUGGCAAGCGUCGUUAAAUAACUACACCACGAUCCGGACAUUCUGCAAACUGCAAUUGAACUACGACUGGACUUUGGCUAACGAUCGGUAUUGCGUUUCUGUUUAAGGCACAACAAACAUGACGUCUUCUCACUAUAUACUUAAAAAAUGUAAUCUUGGCACAUCGGCGUUAUACUACAUGUGAAUUAUUCAACUUGGAAGCUCUCUAGUUCAAUAAUAAACAAAAUCAAUACCUUGUAAAAUAUUUAAUUAUCUCUUGAUAUUUAAAAAAAUGUGUAUUCGAAAAUGUAUUAAGCGACCCCCGAAAAGUCUUUUGUAAA